CGGGUGAUGGGAAGUGCAGCCGACAGCAUAACCAUGUCUGGUAAAUAGCGCGGGUUGGUAGGACUGGGUCUGGCACGAGAUAAAAACGGCUUCACUGCAGAGAGGGUCUUUUCCCCCUUUGCAGGGGCCGUGGGCUACCGGGAACCCCCGUGCUUUGGAUCAGGCUGGGAUCUGGGACAGCAGCCUGGUGCAGCCUACUCCCCACCCCCAGAGUUCAAUCUCCUGUUUUUUCGGAUGGAGGUGGAGCCUCGGUGGUCCCUCCGCUGAACCUGGCAGGGGGGAAAGCCGGGCUGCAUUCGGGCCGGCAGCCGGAGCUAACCACACCAGGCAGGAAGGGGUUAAGGUGGCGCUCUCGCUCGCGGCCAGCUGGAAGGUCUGGUAGCCGGCUCUGAGCAGUGCAGGGAGCGCGCCCCGCGGAAUCCCGGCUGGGGCCCGGGGCGAUGGGGAGAGGGCCCAGACCCCUCCCCGCCCUGGGGCCGGCGGGAUUGGGUCGGCAGGGGGCCAGGCCGGAAGCCAGCCUUCUCCAGGCUCCCCAUCUCACGGCUGCCAAGCCGCCUAGCAGCCAAGCAGGCUGAGCGUUUGUUCAGCGCUCCCUGCCGAGGAGAUGUAAGGGAUUUUCUCUUGGGGAGAAAUCAGUGGUCGAGCGCCUGGCCAGCUCAAAUGCCACCCGGCCCAGAGGGAGGUCUACGGCCCAGGGAUCCCGGAGGGAGAGCAACGUCACACCUCCUGAGGACAGCCAGGAGGACUCCGGCUUUUGCUGAGCUGUGCAUCUUACCUCCUUCUUUCCAAAGGCUCCAGACCUGCUGUUCUCAAGUCCUGUAUGCCCCUGGCCAGGCACCCCACUGCCCUUGCAGCCCAGUCCAGCCCUAGAGCUCACCUCCAGGACCUGGAGCCUGCCCUCCUGCCCAGAAUGACUCACCAUUAUUUCUAGCUCAAGUGAGAAGACGUGAUGGGGAGUUGGGCUGCCUGUUUGUGGAUCGAGGAUUCCUACAGCAUCUGAUCUGCUUCACAAGGAAGAGAGCCAGAGGUUCCUGCCUGGCCAGCCGAGCGAGGCUGCCUCUCCAGCUCUCGGAGAGCUUGGGGGGCUCUCCUGCAGGAGCUCAAGCUAAUGCUUCUGUGUUUCCUGGGGCCGUUAGCAGCACCCUGAGCCCCCUGCCACCAGGCAGCUGGAAGGCAUAGCGCGAGGCGCUCCUCUCAGUCCCAAUUAUGACAGUGGCCACUGGAGACCCAGCAGAUGAGGCUGCUGCCCUCCCUGGGCACCCACAGGACACCUAUGACCCAGAAGCAGACCACGAAUGCUGCGAGAGGGUGGUGAUCAACAUCUCAGGACUGCGGUUUGAGACCCAGCUAAAGACCUUAGCCCAGUUUCCAGAGACCCUCUUAGGGGACCCUAAGAAGCGGAUGAGGUACUUUGAUCCCCUCCGAAACGAGUACUUCUUCGAUCGCAACCGCCCUAGCUUUGAUGCCAUCUUGUACUACUACCAGUCUGGGGGCCGGCUGAGGCGACCUGUGAAUGUGCCCUUAGAUAUAUUUUCGGAAGAAAUCCGGUUUUAUGAACUGGGAGAAGAAGCAAUGGAGAUGUUUCGGGAGGAUGAAGGCUACAUCAAGGAGGAAGAACGUCCUCUGCCUGAAAAUGAGUUCCAAAGACAGGUGUGGCUUCUCUUUGAAUACCCAGAGAGCUCAGGGCCUGCCAGGAUUAUAGCCAUUGUGUCUGUUAUGGUGAUUCUGAUCUCGAUCGUCAGCUUCUGUCUGGAAACACUGCCCAUCUUCCGAGAUGAGAAUGAAGACAUGCAUGGUGGUGGGGUGACCUUCCAUACCUACUCCAACAGCACCAUCGGGUACCAGCAGUCCACCUCCUUCACCGACCCUUUCUUCAUUGUGGAGACUCUCUGCAUCAUCUGGUUCUCCUUCGAAUUUUUGGUGAGGUUCUUUGCCUGUCCGAGCAAAGCUGGUUUCUUCACCAACAUCAUGAACAUCAUUGACAUUGUGGCCAUCAUCCCCUACUUCAUCACUCUGGGGACAGAGCUGGCUGAGAAGCCAGAGGAUGCCCAGCAGGGCCAGCAGGCCAUGUCACUGGCCAUCCUCCGUGUCAUCCGCUUGGUAAGAGUCUUUAGGAUUUUCAAGUUGUCCAGACACUCCAAAGGUCUCCAGAUUCUAGGUCAGACCCUCAAAGCCAGCAUGAGAGAAUUGGGCCUCCUGAUAUUCUUCCUCUUCAUUGGGGUCAUUCUUUUCUCUAGUGCUGUCUAUUUUGCAGAAGCCGAUGAGCGAGAUUCCCAGUUCCCCAGCAUCCCCGAUGCCUUCUGGUGGGCAGUCGUCUCCAUGACAACUGUAGGCUAUGGAGACAUGGUUCCAACUACCAUUGGGGGAAAGAUAGUGGGUUCCCUGUGUGCAAUUGCAGGUGUGUUAACCAUUGCCUUACCGGUCCCUGUCAUAGUGUCUAAUUUCAACUACUUCUACCACCGGGAGACAGAGGGAGAGGAGCAGGCCCAGUACUUACAAGUGACAAGCUGCCCAAAGAUUCCAUCCUCCCCUGACCUAAAGAAAAGUAGAAGUGCCUCUACUAUUAGUAAGUCGGAUUACAUGGAGAUCCAGGAGGGAGUAAACAACAGUAAUGAGGACUUUAGAGAGGAAAACUUGAAAACAGCCAACUGCACCUUGGCUAACACAAACUAUGUGAAUAUUACCAAAAUGUUAACUGAUGUCUGAUUGAAACCCAUUAACAUACUCGCAGCUCAAUGGAACUAAUGCAGAUGUUGCAUAAUAGCCUGCAUUGUAGUCAGUGUGUUCUACAGUGUGCAUCUGGUUCUGCAUGGAAAGCAAUAGUCGUGCAAGUGACUUUUGACCUUUUGAUUUUUGAUUUAGAAUGCAGAAUAUCUAUCACAGCUUUCAUGCAAAUCUUCAUCACCGGCUUCAGGGUUUGGGUUUCCAAAGAUGAGCGUCACCUAUGGAGCCAGGAUUUCAGAAAGUCACAUUGAGGCCACUUCAUAUCUAAUAUACGACCCACCAUAUCAGCACUCCCUUUCCUUCCUAGUUAAAUGCACACAACACCUGGGAGAUGCACUCCCCUCCUCCCACCCUGUCACCCACUUGAGCCCACCUGCCCCUUCCCAGAGGAACAACCAUCAUGGCUUAGCUUUAAAGCUCUGGCGAUUAUUCGAAAGGUCAUUCCCAUUUUUGCAUUGAAAAGAACACACGGUACUGUGUGUGUUGGAACUACUUUCUGUGUCACAACCUGGGGUUUGUGAAUUGCAGUUGCCAAGUAGAUGCUCCAGAGGCUUGUGUUUCAUAACGAAAAAAUGCUGCAUUCUGCUUUUUCUCUGUAGAUGUGAGGAAAGCCUGGGGGAGGGACAGUUAGCAUGACCCAAUGUGAGUUGUCAAGUUUCAACAUUUGUUCCAUUAGGGCCUGUGGGGCGAAGGUACCAAACCAAGGGACCUCUCAGCUUCAGAUUUCACCAUUUUGCAGACUUCAGGGUCACCAGAAAUAUGUCUGAUUUCUUCGUUUACACUGGAGUUUGCAGACAUCUGCUUUCCUAGUGAUGUGGCCCAGCUACACUGACACUGCAGUGAAAUUUACCAGUGAUGCGAUAGAACUGCAUGGGUGUUCAUUGCAUGAAUCUCAAUAUUUAAAACACAGGAGAUAACCUAUUUUCUUAGUAGCCUACACAGUAUUCAUAUUUAGAGUAUUAAUAGCCUUGGGAUGGUUUUGAACUAGGGGUUUUUUCCCAUCAGAAGGCAAAAGUCCUCCAUCAGAGGGGGGGGGGGGGGAAUAGGCUAUUGGGAAUGGGGAACCAAAAUAUCUGGCCCUCCAGCCCACCCAUCUCUGUUCUUUCAGUGGAAGAGCAGACCUCUGUCAAGCCAGAAGAAUGAGCAGGGAAAGCAGUGUCUAAACACUCACACGACUGCACCUUAGGAAUCAACCUAGUCAUAGACAUAACUGCACCAGGGCAUCAGUCCUGAGGAUAGGCAGGUCUGUGGAUCCAGUGUAUAUAACUAUAUAUUGGGUAUUUCUCUCUCAUGUGCUCCUCUACCUAGCUAGUUAUAGGAAAAAAAUGCAUUUGAACAUUGUAUAAGCUUAUGCAAUAUUUUUGACACAGGGCAAUUUAUGCAUGUGUUUGACUAUGUGCACUAGAGUAUAUAUAUAUAUAUAUAUAUAUAUAUAUAUAUAUAUAUAUAUAUAUAUACACACGUGUGUGUAUAUGAUUGUAUACACACACACACAUAUAUAUAUAUAUUCAUUCUCUGGAGUUCAGGUUCAGGAGUAAAUCCAUUGCUCAGUGGGUUGGUAAGAAGCCCAUUGGGUUCACUGGUCUCAUUGGUAACCCCACUGGGCCUGGGUUUGCUGCCAUUGCCUCAGAUACUCCAGUCUUCAUGGAUUCCUAGACGUUAGAAUUGUCUUUCUGCCCUCCAUGUGCUGCAGCUUCAGUUUCCCAUGGCUGAAGCUUGUCUUACUGAGUGCACAAGGGCCCUAGGGCCCUCACAGCUCCAGCUGUCCUGGGCCAGACCCACCCCAGGCCUCCUCUGGAUGGUCCGUCCUAUUAUCAUCUCCAUUCUCAUCUUGCCCACCGUCCCCCUCCCAAUUUGGUUUUCAGUAUCAUUUGGCUCUGCAUCCAUCACUUUCAUGAACCCAUCCCUAGAGAGCCAGUCUGGAUCCCCUGCUUUGAAACAAAGAAUAGGACUCCUAGGAACCAACUUCCAUUGAUUUGGACUUAAAGGGAGACCCUUCUAUGUGGAAAUUUCUAAAAUCUAGGACCAAGGGUUAUGAUCCCUAGACAAUCCAAAACUGUCAUUUCAAUCACCAGAAUCAAUUUUUCUCCCCCUUUAACUGGGAACCAGAGCUGAUUUAAAAAAAAGAGAAAGAGAGAGAGAGAGAGAAUCGAUUAAAAAAAAAUUGUCCCCCAUCUUACCAAAACAGGUAAGGAAUAAGUGAUCACUGUAUAGCCUAAAAAUAGAGAGUAGAUUAAGCCUGGGAUUGGGGAGGGGAUGGCUUUUGCCUCACCAGACUGGGUUUUUAGACUUUUUACACUGUGGCUUAAAUUUCCCAAAUGUAGCAAAUCAUGAUGGUAGGCUGUCUAGUGGUGGCUCCUGCCCAGGUCUCACUGUUGGCUAGUUGGCACCUUCAUUUGUCUUGGGGGGGUGGGGCACCAGCUCAGGGUGCUAGGCCCAGGGUGCUCAUUAGUUCCUGGUCACCCACAUCCCCAGGUAUCUGCAGGGCAUUUCAUGCCCAGCACAAAGCCUCUGUGCGUCUCUUCCUCUCCUUCAUGGGAGGUGGUGCUGAAUUUCAGGACAUGGGGUUGGAGGGACACAGACCUUUGGAAAAUAGAAAAUUAAAACAAUCCACACUUGAGACCUAUGUCAGAUGGUAGAUACCUUUCCAUAGCAUCCUUGGCUGGGGACUAUAAAAUGUCCAACACACAUACAUGCACAUCUACCCCCAAAAUGUUUAUCCAGUGUUGCCACACACAAAUACAAAACAUGCAACCUACAUGUGAAAUACACACAGGCCAAAUUCAUAUAAAAGGCAGACACAGAAGAUUUAUGGUUUUACCUAGAGGUGAAAUAUACACACUCAGUCUGGACAUAGACUGUACUUACCAAAACAUAGAACACCUCCAAGAAAACUACAUACCCCAAGUACAAACACACAACCUGUAACUCAGAUGCAAAAUACACAAAACUACAUGGACGCAGUGAAUGUGCGUCAAAAAAUACACAAACGAUGCUUCACUAUUAUUUCUGUACACUCAGGGUGUACACACAAUGCACGUAUAUUUACACUAGGCUUACAAAAUACAGCACUCGUGCCCAAGAAGACGCAAUAGACACGACAUACAGACAUGUACUCAGAUCCAUUGCUCUGCCCCCAGAUCUAUAAAUUAAUGGACACAAACAAAAUAACACCUUUAAUCACCUAUUCCUAGCUCAUAUUAGUAUCUCAGUUUUCUCCAAGGAGUCUUUUCCUCUCAUCACUUCUCUCACCUGCAGAUUUUAGUCCUGAAAAAGGAACCCCUGAGGUUUCAGGCAGAAAGAUGGGCUACCACAUCAAGCACAGGAAUCUUGUGAACCUGUUCACCUUCCUCCCACCAGCACCCUAGGGUGUGGGGUGUGGAAGAUCCCAGGAUGGCCAGCAGCCUGAUAUGGACCUCCUUAUCAUGACCUUUCCCUCAAAACAAGUCCACCCCAACAGCCCAGCAGCUCAGGUUCCCCGCCUUCCAUCAUCUGAAAUCCUCAGAUUCGGCGCCAUUCUUUUAAAAGCAGUGAUGGCCCCUGGGUCCCAAACCACAGUAAAGAUGUCCCUAACACACAGACCUUUUUGCCCCUCCAUCCCCAGCAGCUUUGUGAGGGACCAGGUCAGAAAAUUGAAGCUCUGUAUAGACUUGCCUCACAAAAUGAGCCACCCUUACUUCCUGUGGCAUUUCACUUGCUCUUGGGCACAAUUCCAAUAAGGACAGUUCCUGAUUGCCUUCUAUGGGUGUUCAGUUCCAGGCCUGCCCCCCUCCUCCCCGCCAGGGCUCCCAGGGAUGUCCUGCCUUCCAUUCAAUUUCUGUGCCUUCAGGAAAUGGCAAACCAAUUCAGCUUAAGUCAAACAUGAUUAAGGACAUAAGCCUAAGGCCAAACAAGCAAAUAACACACUGAUUUAAAUACUUUCUAAGCUUACCCACCAUCUUGGAUUACCUUGGAACUGGUUCCUCCAGUUGGUAGGACUAGGUGAGAGCUAAGUGAAGUUUGACAAAGGCUUCACCUGCAGUGGAAUUAGGAGUUUCUGUGGGCCUGGGGAUCAGGCACCAUGGUCCCUCCUCCUGCACUCUGCACUCUCCCAGGUGUGACUCACCCUUCCCUCCUAAGGAUGGUCACAGUUCACAGUCCCCAUGAAGGAGGCAAUAACGGCAGGAAAUGGACACAUGGGUCCUCCAUGUGUGGUUUGGAGUCCCUCAGUGGGCCUUGUGCUUCCAAGCCAAGAAACCAGUUUUCCUUUUGUCUCUACCAGAUGCCUCUGUGGGCUCAAACUUUCAAGCAAGUUGGGGUUUUCCAGAGACUGGAGAGAAAGAGGCCCAGGAAACAUAGAAAGGUUUUCAGAAAAAAAAAAAAAAAAGGGAAACAACUCAGCUGGUCAAAUUUCAAAGUAAACUUUUCAGGAGCCAAUUUUUAAUGAAUGGAUUAAUUAAAAUCGAAUUAAGAAGCCAAAAUCGAAUUUAGUUGAACUUAUGUUUCCUUUGCUCUCUUCCUUCCUUCCUUCCUCUCUGCUUGCCUCUAACCUGCUCAACAGGGCUUCUGAGGAUGGCACAGCCAUGUCACUGGGUGCCCAUAUGAGGAGGGCUUCAGGACUAGCUUGUCCUGCCUCCUCUGUCUGGAUUUCUCCCUCCAUUAUAGUGGAUUCUGGCCAACUUCCUCAGAGUAAGCUAUAAAGUAUCAGCGUCAACUCAUGUUGAGAGAAGGCAGCACCCUCUGAAGACCCUCAGAGGUCUUCAGGUCCAGUGCUUUCCGUAGUAGUGGGAAAGAGAGGCAGAGGCCAACCUCCCCCAAAGGAAACUAUAAGACAAUGGCAAAUUGUGUAUGGGGGGGUGGCAUCAUUACCCCCUGUGGCAGGCAGGGAAGCACGGUACUUUGACUUGUUUACCCAGGAGAGAGAAUGGUACUGCUGAGCCCUGGUCCCUAGGGCUCUCCUGGAACCCAAUGUCAUAACAACCUGCAUGUGAGUGAUGGCCAACCAGUCUGAGAGGGCCAUAAUGUCCAGGGUAUUCCUUGGUUACACAAUGGAGAGUCCCCCAUCCUUGGUGAAGUGUCCAUGGUCAGGUUUGACCUUAACCUUAUUAACAUCAAUAGCCACACCACAAGCCAACCAGUAGGGAGUUGGAUGUCGGGAGCUGUCUCAGCAGCCAUUGAGACCAUCGUGUGUACUCUCGAACUUGGUCCUUGUUGAGACCAACCCCAUGUCCCCAUGGAGUAGCGAGCAGGGACAGGUAGCAGUGGGGGAUCCGGUACAAGCUGGGAUGAGUCUGUUCCUCAAAGUAAUCUAGUCCACUUUCCCCUUCUUUCUGUUUUCCUUUCCACCAAAGCUCAGUUCCAUCUUUCAUAGUUUGUACUUAAAUAUUCUUAAAAGAGGAAAAGUGCAAUAAAAUCAACAGUGACUGUUUCCUUUAGCAAUAGCUCUUUCAAAAAUCUUGCUCUCAGGACUGAAAAGUGAUAGACAGUAUCUGGAUUAUCAGAUAAGGCCCUUGACUUCUGGGCAUUGGUUCACAUUCUCUGUAGUUCCUUCUUCCCACCUGUUCCCAUGACUCCUGUCCUGAGAUCUGACCCUCUGGAAUGGACACAGAUGCAGAUGGGCGGCACACGCACGAAGGCCCGUGAGAAGGCAUUCUUUGUCACUCUCUUUCCUGUGUGCAUCUCUCUGUCUCCAGGUGUCUUUCUGUCCCUCUCUCCCUCUGCCUGCCCCUUCCUCCCCACUCUCACACAGCAUCCUUGCCACCUCUCGGCCCUGAAACCUUGAGUUGAGUGACCUCAUGCCAGCCCAUCUUGUUGACUCCGGGUCAGUCUGGCAGGGUGUAAUGGAAACCUGCAGGAAAGCGCUUACCAAUAGAUGAGAAUAAAGCAUCCUGAGCCAUUACAGGAGAUCAUUUCCAUGCACUAAAAGCCAUUACUUGAUCCUUUUGCUGCACCUCCUCUCCUCCCCAGGGAGAGGGAUACUGAGGGAAUGUGGCCCUGGAGAUUUGCACCUGGAAUCGGCAGCCUAGGCAGAUUCAGAAAUUGCCCUCUGACUCUCCUUCACAAUCAGCUGACUUGCUCAACCACAGGGACUCCUUGAGAGCUUCAAAGGAAAGCAAGUUCUUGGCGUGGGUAGACGUCUAUAGGCAUUGAAGUUUGGGGUGGUUGGGUCAUGACAUUAGCGAGACGAAGACCCCACCACCCACUGCACAGAUUUGCACACCUCUCCAGGGGCUUCAGAGGAGUCCUCUUUGCUGAAACAUCUGUGAGGUUAAAUAUUCAGGCUGGACAAUCCAGGGAAGGCUGGCAACCCCAGGGUCCCAUUUCAUUCUUCUUCGGUCUACCUUGCUCUAUACACAUGUGUACAACCAAACCUCAGUUAACCAACAGGGAAAAACUCAGGGAAGGGAAUGUCCUGGUUGCUUUGCCAUUCUGGUGAUUUGAGUGGGAGUGGGAACACGUGGGGUUCAGCCUUUGUUAUUGAAAAAUAGUAUUUCCUAAGUAGGUUAGUCUAACCUCUCCUGCCUUAGUAAGUAGAGCAUUUGAAGAUGACAGAAGACCUUGCCUGGCUCAGGGUCAACCUCCUAAACCUCAGUGCUCAGUGUAUGGUGCACAGAAACGGAGACGAAGCCGACCAAAGAGACAGGCGAAUGAUGCUGGCUGUUGAGACAGAUGUAGAAACGGGCUGUUGGGCACAUCCAGGCUUAUCAGAUAAUGACCUUGCUGUCCCUGGCCCCUUUCUACUGAAAGUAUAGUAAGAAAACAUAAUUCUUGCCAAUCAAGGUUUCAGUUGAUUGGUCCUGAGUUAUUAGAGGUUUUCCAUAUAUACAUAUGUCUGUGUGUGUAUAUAUGUAUAGUAUAUGUAUAUAUGUAUGCCAUUAUUUCAAAAAUUACACGAAUAUACAUGAACCCAUCCCCUAGUUUCACUAAUGUGGAAUAAAUUUGGCAAUCUAAGGAACGAAUCGCAUUUGUUUGACUUUUUUAAAUGAACUUCCUUUGCAUUCUUUCCAUCUCUCCAGAUCUACUCCUUUUCUGUUUAGGCAGUUCUUUAAUUAAAUAAAUAAAUAAAAUAAAAAAGAACAGGCUCCAGGAUCACCUCUUUCCUUUCCCUCCCAGGUGGCCGCCUGACUCAGGGAUAAAAGGGGGAGUGUGAUCUAAGGGCCCGGUGCUUUUUCGCCUUUAUUCUGUCUGCCCUGGUUGGCUGUCACCUCCUCACUGAGGACCUGAAAAGUUAUGCCAAACUUUUGUAGCCCUGGGGAAGUGGAAAGCUUAAAGAUCUGGCAAAGGACUGAUCUAUUUAGCUUUCUCUGUGUCCGUAGUGGUGCCCUAGGUUUGAACGGUAUGCAUUGGGAAAGUAACAUUUCAAAUGAAGCAUCAAAGAUCCUCUCUGCCCUGUGGAAGGUGAGGUUUGUGGCAAAUGAUGGAACUAUAAAAACUAUCCUGUUGUUCCUUCUGACCAAAUCUAGGUUGAGGGUGUGGGCAUUAGAGCAACUGUAAUUCAGUCACCUCUUUGGGGCUGAGCUGUGCAUUAUCACUUGAUACAGCUAGGCUUGAGCAGAUCAUACUCUCUUUCCCCAUCAUGCCUGGCAGUGUGUUAGAUUCAUGGGGAAAUCACAUCUCUCCACCUCACCUCCUGCAUUUGACUGUGCACUCUGCUUGGACGGGGGUAGGAAGGAUUCCUCACCAUUAUCUGGAGCAAUGGAGGUGGUGUAGGGAUCACAUCUGCUGCCAUCUCCUCACACUUCCAGGAGCCCUUCAACCUGGUCAAGUCAGCCAUGAUCAGAUAGUGGAAGCCCUUCACUGAGACUUCACAUGACUGGCCGAUGAGCUAGGGCACUUGAUUAUCCCGUCUGGAUGGAUAAUCUUAGACGGUAUGACCUUCAGUAUGGAAACUAAUAUAACUUCUGUGCUCCUAAAAUAGUCAGAUGUGUUCCAGAUGAGUUUGCAGCUGAGAAGUCCCUGCAUCAUUUCACUGACGGAUGCACAGGGCAGGUAGGAUUACAUAAUAAUGUGGACAGCUGCUGCAACCUCUAGAUAAUUGAGGGCAGUGUAGAUGUGGUUGUGUACUAGGACCUUUGGUAGCUACCCAGAGGACUUCGUGCUGUGUCUCUCAGUCCUUGUGAGAGGCCUCCGAUCCCUGCCUAUCUCCUUGAAAACAACUCCCUAGAUGCUGGUGCCUUGUUUGGAUGAGUGCAUAAACACUUUGGAUGCUGGAGAAAGCAAGAGGAGGAGCUGGAAGAAAAAGAAUAGUGAAGGGUUCACCUUGCUACCAGACAACUUCCAUGUCAGCUGCUGACAUUUUUGCCUUUUGAGCUUAUGAAGCAUAGGGCAAGGACUUUAACCUGCCAGGUGGGGCUAGAAGGGAGCAAACCAGCUCUAGGCUAAGAACUGCAAUUGAAAAGCAAGAGGAGAAGCCUGGCUGGCUUGGAUGAGGGUGAGUCUCAGCUCCUGAGGGUUUGAACAUGCUCUGUGCUUGCCCCAGUUCUGUCUUCACGUGGGAUCCAGCGACCCAGUUUCCUUUUGUUGUCGUGCUUGGAUGGUUCCUUCAUUUGAAGGGCCCCAGGAAGCUGGAAAGUCCCAUGAUUGAGCUCUAGCCUGCUGAGCAAACAAUGCCCUAGCCAAAUUGGCCUCUUCCUGGGUUUCUGCAUCCCUGCACCCCUCUCUUCACGGAGGGUAAUCUUGGAAUGGUCAGGAUUAAUGGUGCCAGCAAUCAAGGAGGAUUCUCUCAUUUCCAUUAGGGAUAUAGCUAUAAAGCUCAUGGGUGGGGGAUGCUGUUUCCUUUUUCAGACCUGUGUGCUUAUGCAUCUCCUGUUUCUGGAGAUGUGUGUGUGUGUGUGUGUGUGUGUGUGUGUAUAUAUACACACACACACACAUUUGUAUGAAAUGGCCGCUCAUUUAAGCUCACGCAGCACACAUUCUAAUUAAGGUUUCCACUAGCUUCCUUGCAUGACUCUGCAGCUGCCCUCCUGUGUCCUGUCUCUCGUAAUUGCUAAAAACUUAAAGAGGAGAGGCAGACAAAUAAGCCUCCAUGGGAUCAAUAGGAGAAGGAACUCCAAGGCUAAUGGCAAAGCUUCGUAAGGAUGAUGCCGAAAGGGAACUGGGGUAUCCAUGGUGAUAAGAGACAGGGGACCAAUGGGAGCUGAAGGCGGAGCAGAACUUGUGGGGAGGACUCAUGGGAGUUGGGAGUCAUUUAACUAUUUGUUUGCUUCAUGAAAAUUUAGACACCAGCUGUAACUGCAUUGCACAGGAUGUAUAGAUAUUAUCAUUCUUGCUGACAUAUUCUGGAAGCUUUCAGCCCCACCAAUACUGCCCAGCCCAGGACUUCUGCAGCUGAGAGUUCCUGUGUCAGUAGGGUCUGAUACUGUACAUAGGUUAUACAUAUAUGUGUACAUAUGUGCCUCAAUGAACAUUGCCUGUCCACCAAAUCAUGGGUGUACAUAGACUUCAUAGAGCUCCACAGUCUUUUUGUAAAUAUUGACACAAGUAAAUAAGUAUAUAAAUAUAUAUUAUUGAGGAUUUAUUUUAACAUCAUUCUGUGUGAAAUGAAAAAUAAAUAAAUAAAAUUUUUGACAGACAUUGA